AUGGCGACAAACGCGGCAGCCGACGACUGGCUGUCAUCCCAGCUGGCCAGCGACGGUCGCAGGGAGGCGGAGGUUCUCUCCCGCGCGUGGUUCCAGCUCCGACUCUCCAUUCGCGCUCCCAAUCGCUUCCCUCCGUGGGACGCGCUGCUGAUCACCGCCGCGAGCGACGCGCAGGCUGACCUGUAUUCCAGGCAGCUCGCAGCAGCGCGGCACAAUGGGCACAUUGCAGCGGAGACCAUCGUGCUGGCAGUGCCGGACAGGGAAGGGAAGCGGAUAGGAUCUGGCGGAGCGACCCUGGGAGCUAUCCGGGCAUUGCGGGAUUAUCUGGGGGAGGCAUCAUCUGCCCGUCUCCCAUCAAUGAAGGUGCUCCUAGUCCAUGCAGGGGGCGACAGCAAGCGACUGCCAUGGGCUAAUCCGUGUGGCAAGCCCUUUGUGCCCUUCCCGCUGCUGGCUGGGGACGACCCUGACGGACCUCCAUUGACGCUCUUUGACCACAUCCUCGCCAUCUCAGCCAUGGCGCUGCAGGCUUUGCCUUCCAAUGAGGGAGCGCUCUUCAUAAUGACGGGCGACGUGCUGCCAUGCUGCAACGCAUCUCGCAUCUGCCUGCCCUCCCACGGGGCUCUCGUCGUCACUGCUGCUGUGCCCCUCGACGUUGCCUCCAGGCAUGGGGUCGUUCUUGCUUCGGACCAGACCAGAAACGUUCCUUCGGACCAGACCAGACACGUUCCUUCGGACCAGACCAGACACGUUCCUUCGGACCAGACCAGAGAUGUUGCUGUGGACCAAGCAUUGUUGCAGCAGCAGCAACAGCAGCUGGAGCAGCAACAGCAGCAGCAGCAGCAGCGUGAGAAGCAGCAGCAGCAUGAGAAGCAAUGCCGCACGGAAUCUCCCGAGCUAGUAGCCGACCUUUUACAGAAGCCGAGUGUGGGAGAGAUGGUGGAGCGAGGGGCACUGUGCCGCACGGGGGGAGCACUGCUAGACACCGGGAUCUACGCUGUGUGUGGUGACACGUGGCGUGAUCUGAUUGGCCUGGCGAUCAGCAAGGAGGACUUGCUAGCAGAGCUGCUGGCGUCAGGCGAAGAGGUGGGUGGGUGGGAGGAGGCUGAGUGGAGUGAGGGGUUUAGGGGUCUAGCCUCCUUAAAGGAGGACUUGCUAGCAGAGCUGCUGGCGUCGGGCGAAGAGGUGAGUGGGUGGAAGGAGGUUGAGGAGCAAGUGGGGGAGGUGGCAAGUGGGGAAGGUGGCAUGCGACAACGAUGGCAAGCUGAAGUGUCACGCACGCCAGACGUUGCUCUCCUCAACCACUGGGGUCUCAUGUCCUUGAGUCUCUACGAGGAGCUGGCAGCAGCAUGGGUGCCGGCACGCCAUGCCUGGCUCUCCACUCGCCCCUUAGGAUCGCACCUACUUGCGCACCUGAGCUCGCACUCACUCUUCCACCACUGUGCAGACGAUCUCUCGUUCUUGCAUUUUGGCACGUCAUCCGAGUACCUGCACCACAUGCGCCUCGCCUACACCGGACGAAUGCCGCGCCGCCACCUCAGCGCGGUCGCCGCGCCCACAGACUGCCACGUGGCGCAAUCUGCAGCGCUCAUUUCAUCCCACGUGCCACCUGGCGUGUGUGUUGGGGAAGGGUCUGUCGUUUCUGACAGCUGGCUCGCACGGGGCACGCGAAUCGGCAACAGAUGCGUCGUGAUUGGCGUAGACGCUGCUGCUGUUGAGUCAGCAUCUGCCACGUCAGCAGGAGCAGCUGACGCAGCAUCUGCCGAUUCAGCCUGCAGUGGUCCUCCUCCUAUAAUCACAUCGUUUUGUCCUCUAGUGCUGCCGAGCCACAUGUGCUUAUGGCAGGUGCCGCUAAAAGGGGGGCGGGAGGUCACCUUGUGCUGCGGAGUGGAUGACAACCCUAAAUUGUCAUUUUCUGGGGGAGGCUCCUUCUGUGGCCGCCCCUGGGGGCUGUGGCUGAGAGAAAGAGGACUGAAGGCAACAGACAUCUGGCCAGAAACAGACAACCAAGGCCGCCCACUUCAACCAAAGCAGGAUCUCUGGAGCGCCCUCCUCUUCCCCGUCCUCCCCUCCGGCUCUGGCCUUCCCCUUGCCAUGUGGCUUCUUGGAAGCUUCCCUCCUACCCUUACCCAAGCUUCCGGUCACACUCCCAGCCAAGCUCUCAGCCAACAGUAUGCUGACACGUGGCGCAGAUCUGACCGCACGUCGCUGGCUCUCCUCCACUGUCAGAUCGACUUCCCUGCGCUGCUCUCCUCUGCUCUGCACCGUCGAUCCGUGCUGCUCGCUGCCUUUGCUCAGGCUGCAAUAGAUGGUGGUGGUGGUGCCUCAUCUGCUGCCGCUGGUGCUAGUAGUGCCAGUUCUCGUGCUACUGACAGCACUAGUCCCGCCGCUGCUACUGCUGCUGGAGGUUCUCUUGGUCGCAACUUAGCUUCUCUGACACGUCAGCUGCUGCUUGCUGACGUGGUGGACGCACACAGCAGUACCUGCCACGUGGCAGAGUCUCACAAGAGCGCCGACUCAGUGGGGAACAGCAGCAGUACAAGCGUUGGGGGCAGUGCGAAUGGUGAUGAUGAGAAGCUACAGAUCUGCCGCAGAAGAGGAUUGAGGGAGAGGGAUGGGGACACGAGGCUGGGGGUGCAGCAGCAGCAGCAGAAGCAGUGGGCGGGUGUGCCUAUGAGUCGUGUGCUACAAGCGAAGCUAGACGUGGUUAGAGCAGCACAAGGAGUGCAAGGCGAGGGGGAGAGGGGAGGGAGCGUUGAAGGAGCGGGGGAGAGAGGAGAGGGGCGAGAAGGAGAGGGGCAAGAAGGAGAGGGGCGAGAAGGAGAGGGGAUGAAGGGAGGGGAGGGAGAAGAAGGAGAGCGGGAGAGGGGAGAGGAGGGGGAGAGAGAGGGUAGUGAAGAGGAGGAGCUGGAGGAGGGGGUUUGGAGGGCUGUGGCUGAGGAGGCAGCAGUAGCCGUGGGAAUGGAGGGAAUAGAUGAUGAAUCUGAGUCACCUCAAAAGCAUGCACCCCUUCCGCUAGGCGCCACUGUGACUGUUACCCUACCUGUGAGACUGGACAUAGCAGGCGGGUGGAGUGACACGCCUCCCUGGAGUCUAGAGCGGUGCGGAACGGUGCUGAACAUGGCCGUUUUGCUGGAAGGGAAGAGACCAGUGGGCGCUACUGUGACUGUGGUGAUAGAACCUGGUGUUCAAAUGGAGGAUGAUCACGGUGCGUUCCUCCACAUUCCCGACCCCGCCACCAUCCCUCCCCACCUCUCGCCACAAGAACCCUUCGUUAUAGUCAAGGCCGCCCUCCUAGUCACCCGCAUAUCCACCCUCCUCUCCUCCUCCUCCUCCUCCUCCUCCUCCUCCUCCUCCUCCUCCUCAUCUGUGGGCCUGCAUAUCCGAACGUGGGCCGAUGUGCCCAGGGGCAGUGGUCUCGGCACGAGCAGUAUCAUGGCAGCUGCUUUGGUGCGAGCGCUGCUGCUGCUGAUCAGAGGGGGAGGAGGAGGCAGGACUGUGGGAGGGCUGUCUCUUCCUGCUGCAGCACAGAAGGCACCUGUAGUAGCAGAGAGGGCACCUGAGACCACAGAUGAAAUUUCACUUGAGACCACAGAGAAAGCACCUGAGGCAACACCCGAGGCAACAGCAAAAGCACCUGAGGCAACACCUGACGCAACAGAGGAAGCACCUGAGGUGACGGACGAGGAAGUGAGCCGGCUGGUACUGCUGCAGGAGCAGAGGAUGGGCACGGGGGGAGGGUGGCAGGACCAGGUGGGAGGGCUGUACCCGGGCGUCAAGUGCACCACCAGUCUCCCCACCCGCCCCAUUCGUCUCGUAGUGGACCCGGUGCCGCUGCUCCCGGCGUUCCGUUCAGCCCUCCAGCAACGACUCGUGAUUGUUUUUGUGGGUCAGGACCAGGUAGGAGGGCUGUACCCGGGAGUCAAGUGCACUAUCAGCCUGCCCACUCGCCCCAUUCGUCUCGUAGUGGACCCCCUUCAUCUGCUUCCGGCUUUCCGCUCCGCCCUCCAGCAACGCCUGGUGGUUGUUUUCGUGGGCCAGGACCAAGUAGGCGGGCUGUACCCGGGCGUCAAGUGCACCUCCAGCCUGCCCAUCCGCCCCAUUCGUCUCGUAUUGGACCCGCUGCCGUUACUGCCGGCCUUCCGCUCUGCUCUGCAGCAACGGCCCGUGGUCGUCUUUGUGGGCCAGCAACGGCCCGUGGUCGUCUUUGUGGGCCAGGACCAAGUAGGGGGGCUGUACCCGGGUGUUAAGUGCACCACAAGCCUGCCCACCCGCCCCAUCCGCCACCAUUCAAUGAUUCCCAGGUGCGCCUGGCGCCGGGACUCUCGCCUCAUCUCCGCCAUCCAACGGCUCACAGACCUCGCCGAGAUCGGCCGCCGUGCGAUCUCCACCGCCGAUCUCGACCUCCUAGGGCGCGUUCUAUCCCACACAUGGGACCUCCACCAGGAGCUCGACCCGCACUGUAGCAAUCCACAUGCCGACACACUAUUGGCCGCUGUGGAGCAUUUGAGUUGUGGGGCGAAGCUUGCAGGGGCGGGAGGGGGAGGGUUUGCAAUGAUCAUGGGAAGGAGCGAGGAGGCUGCGGAGGAGAUUAAGGGGAUUUUGAGAGGCAUGGGGGAGCCUGUUAGGGUGUAUGACUGGGCUGUCGCUGUGUGA